GGUGGUUUGUUUUGGUGUAACGUUAACCUUACUUUACUGUACUGUAAAGUAUUGAUUUUGAUUGCCAGUGAAUAUCGUAGCAUAUUACACAGUUUUACCUCGACUCUAACAGCGUGAGUGACACGACUGCUGUCCGAAUUUCCAUCGGCUGCUACGCUUUUCGUUAGCUCUUGUGCUAACGUCAGCUAACGUCAGCUAGCUUCGUUACCAUUUCCCCUUCGAUUUAAAAAAGACCUGCCACUGCCGCGACGUGACAUGUUUGGAGUUUAACGGGAAUUAAUUGGCUACUCAAGUAUAAUUAAAGCGGGCUUGCAAGUUUAAAGCUCGUCCUCAACCUUGUUUAUGAGUUAGACAACGUAUGGUUGGUGUAGCAGUCCUGCACUUUGCCUUUCCUGCUUUGAAGCCGAGCCACUACCAUGCAUAUUAAAGAGAAGACAAUAGCUAUUUUAAAGCAGUUUGACAUUGGAAAAAAGUUCUCCUAUCUGCCGGUGCUGCCCAAAGCCUCAGUCCUGAUCCCACUGUUGGUGAAGAAUGGGGAACUGCACACCCUGAUGACCCUGCGAUCAAAACAGCUGAGGACCAGUGCUGGUGAGGUGUGUUUCCCAGGAGGAAAGAGAGAACCCAGUGACCAAGAUGAUGUGGAUACAGCUCUGAGGGAGGCACAGGAGGAGAUCGGUCUACCACCUGAUGAUGUUCAGGUGGUCUGUACACUCUUCCCAAUCAUCAAUAAGAGUGGUCUGUUGGUGACCCCGGUCGUUGGCUUCAUAGAUGCGUCUUUUCGUCCCAGUCCAAACCCUGCUGAGGUCAGUGCCGUGUUCACCGUCCCACUGGACUUCUUCACCAGCCAGAAGGACCACUAUGCUGCCCACGGUGCUGCCGGAUUGGUCGGGCCGCUGCACUCGUUUCACUUUGUGGACCCCGAUUCGAGACGCCAGUAUCACAUAUGGGGGCUGACCGCCAUGUUGGCCAUACUGGUUGCUGCACUCGCUCUCAGGAAAAAACCCGAGUUUGACGUUGGUUUUGACUCCGAGGAUCCGCUCUCCUUCUUCCAGCAGAUUCUACACAGAAGACUGAAUAAACUAUGACCAGCUGUUGUCUUUGUUUUAAAUGCAUUUGUGCCACAACAAAGCAUCUGUACGGUAACAUUUAAUGUUAACUGCAAUGUAUUAAUUUACUGUAUUAGUUGUUCAGAUAAUGGUGCAAUAUUUGUUAGAAAAGAUUAAUAUAAAGUUGAUUCAUACACUUUUA